GCUCCUCCCGGCGCUCCCGGAAGCUGGGCUCGUGCCGGGUAACGGGCCCGGGCGGCGGCGCCGUUAUGGACCUGGAGGAGGCGAAAGAGUUCAAAGAGCGCUGCGCUCAGUGUGCUGCUGUCUCCUGGGGUCUUACUGAUGAAGGCAAAUACUAUUGCACUUCUUGCCACAAUGUUACAGAAAGAUCUAAGGAAGUUAUAGACACUGGGGCUAUUCCUAAUACUAAAAUACAAGCCAUCAACCGGGGACUUAAAAGAAAAAGAAAACUUGAGAAAGGCUGGGAUUGGUAUGUCUGCGAAGGUUUUCAGCACAUACUGUAUCAACAAGCAGAAGCCUUAAAGACCCUUGGAGUAGGCCCAGAGUUGAAGAAUGAAGUUUUACAUAAUUUUUGGAAGCGCUACCUUCAGAAGAGCAAGCAGGCAUAUUGUAAAAACCCAGUUUAUACCAGUAAAAGGAAAGCUACGGUAUUAGAAGAUAAUCCAAGUCAUUCAGACUGGGACAGUGAGCCUGAGCUGCUCAGUGACUUGAGCUGUCCUUCUUUUGUUGAAAGUGGAGCCGAGUCUCAGCCUGAUGUGCACACUCAAAAACCUUUCCCCAUCAUCAAAGCAUCUCAAUCAGAAACGGCAUCCAUCUGUUCUGGAUCUCUUGAUGGAGUCGAGUAUUCACUACGAAAGGAGAAAGGAAUUGUAAAGAUGACUGUACCAAGAACACUUGCUUUCUGCUAUCUGUCAUUACUUUGGCAGAGAGAGACAAUUACUCUUUCAGAUCUUUUGAGAUUUGUUGAAGAGGACCAUAUUCCUUACAUAAAUGCUUUUCAGUAUUUUCCAGAAGAGAUGAAAUUAUAUGGGCGUGACAAAGGAAUCUUUGCUAUAGAGUCUUGGCCUAACUAUGAGGAUAUUUAUAAAAAAAUGAUUGAAGUUGCCACAUUUUUAGAUUUGCCACGUUUUCCAGACAUAACUGAAGACUGCUAUCUUCAUCCAAAUAUUUUGUGUAUGAAAUAUUUGAUGGAAGUCAAUCUCCCUGACGAAAUGCAUAAUUUAACCUGCCAAGUGGUAAAAAUGGCUGGAAUAGGAGAAGUGGAUUUUCUGACAUUUGAUCCUAUAGCUAAAAUGGCAAAAACUGUUAAAUAUGAUGUACAAGCUGUAGCUGUCAUUGUAGUAGUACUGAAACUGCUCUUUUUAUUGGAUGACAAUUUAGAAUGGUCUUUGUCUAAUAUUGCUGAGAAAUAUAAUGAAAAGAACAAAGAAGAUAAGCCAUGGUUUGAUUUCAGAAAAUGGUACCAAGUUAUGAAGAAAUCUGUUGAUGAGAAAAAACAAAAAUGGGAGGAAGCCAGGGCAAAGUACCUGUGGAAAAGCGAAAAGCCACUCUACCACUCAUCUAUCGACAGAUCAGUGGUAUAUAAAAGAAGAGAAAUGGUGGUGAAUCUACAAAAACAAUUUAGCACACUGGUUGAUUCAACACCAACUGUUGCAAAAAAAACUGCUUCAAGUUUUCAGUUCAACUGGACUGAAGAAGACACUGAUAGAACUUGCUUCCAUGGACAUAGCCUCCAGGGAAUCCUGAAGAAGAAAGGCCAGUCACUGACUACCAAGAAUUCACUCUACUGGCUUAGUACACAGAAAUUCUGUAAAAGCUAUUGUAAACAUGUGACAACUUAUGAAGAAUCAAAUUUUUCUCUGAGUUAUCAGUUUAUACUAAAUCUCUUCUCCUUUCUGCUGAGAAUAAAGACCUCCUUUCUCCAUGAAGAAGUGAGCUUAAUUGAAAAGAGACUUUUUAAAGCAAAAUACAGUAAAACAAAAAAGAAAUCUUCAAGAUCCAGGAAAGUAAGAAAAUAUUGAGAGAAAUGAAGUAGAAACUUUCUUGGAAAAUAUUUUAAUAGUGACAGUAGUGUCAAAUUAUAACAUUCCAGAGAGUUGUGGAAAAUAAAAUUUUAUUGCAUAUACAUACAUAUAUACAUGCAUAGACACACACAUAUAUAUAUAUACACAUAUAUAUGCGUCAAAUGUGCUUAUGAAAAUGUAUAUUAGAAAACAAGUGAACUUUGAAUUUAUUUUUUAAACUAUGAAUAUUCUUUGAGAAAAUUAAAACAAUAAGUUUUAUAAAUGGUAUCCAGAAAUUUGU